GUCGCCAACUGAUUGGACACGAAACAAAGUCAAAUAAAGCCAACAGUAACGCGUCAACACGUGGACGGCGGAUUACUCAAAACCACGUCAGGUACGGCUCCAGACCUACCCACUUGUCCCUUCACAAAAUAAACCAACGAACCUGAGGUUCGGCACCGAGCCUCGCUUUAUAUAAAUAAAACUCUCCUCUCCUCAUCUUCGUCACAUCGUGUUGAUCCUUAUCAACUUGCAGAUAUUUUCACAAGGCCAAAGAUCUAAGAUCCGAGUUAAAAAGCAAAUGGCGAUGGUUUCAGGAAGACGUUCAACGCUAAACCCCAACGCACCUCUCUUCGUCCCAGCAGCCGUUAGACAAGUGGAAGAUUUCUCUCCGGAGUGGUGGCAGUUGGUGACGACCUCGACUUGGUACCACGACUACUGGAUCAGCCAGCACCAAGGAGCUGACGGAUUCUACGAUAACGGAGAGAGUGGUGAAGUCGAUGUAGCUGAUCUUCUUCCGGAGUCGUUUGAUUUCGAUGACAUUGAAGAUGUCUUCGAAUCCGAGUUUGAUCAUCAAGGUUACGGUGGAUAUGUUGGACAACAGAUGUAUCAUGCACCUUCUGACUUUGGUUUAGGGAAGAAUGGUGAGAUGGUGAGGAAAUCGAGUGGGAACAGGAGUCCUAGGUCGAUUGUUGAACCGGCGAAGUAUGCAGAGAAGCCAGCCAAGUGGGGAAACCAGAAGGUUGCUCCACGAAACAUUCACCAGCCUCGUUGAAGUGGGGUGUGGUAACUAGGCAGAGUAUGUUGUAUCUUUAGCCACCUGUACCUUUGUAAUUUUUAGUAUUUGCUGCUUUCCACAAGAGAGAGAGAACCUGUAACUUCUUUGUACCUUUACGAUGUUCAGAGUCUCAAACUCGUUAUCUCAAAAAAAAAAAAUGUAAAAACAUAAAAAAAUUGUAAAAUUUGAAGAGUAAUGAGAAAUAGAGUUUCACAUA